AUGCAGAGCGAGGACCGACUCAAAGCGAAGGACAAUGAGAGUUACUUGGUGUGUUUUGGAUAUAGUCUGUGUUUGUUGGUCAUCGGAGAGGUGUUCAUCGACCGUGUUCCACCAUUUGGUGUGCUCGGCUUCUACUUCAAGGGCUUGGUCGAUAUCGUCGGUGCUACCAUGUAA